UUAAAAUUGCAUGUUGUUGUAAUGAUUAUCAUUUAUAUUGUGAUUUUUUUCGUGAGUAGGCCUUCUGUUGGAGCUAAUAACUCUCUUGCCAAAGAUAAUAUCUUGUGUCGGGACUGUGGUACUCAGAUAUUAUCAUCUGACACCAUCAUAUCGAAGUCAAGUGCCGCGUCCCUAUAUUCCUUUAACGACACAAUAUUUAAUGAUAAAGAAGUGUUGGUUCAACUGCUAGUACGUGAUUUAUUUUUGCAAUAUCCUAUUAUAACAUCAAGUGAAUCUACUUGCCUUGGAAAAGGAGAUUGGGAUGACGAUGAGUUAUGGUUUCCUAAUCAUGUCAUGAAACCAUGUUUCUGCCCGGAAUGUGGAGCUUUCAGUGGUUGGAUGUUUAAGAAUGACAGUCCAACAACAGCUCAAUCAAUGAAUCAAUUCUUUGGCAUUAUAUUGACAAACGUUAUUGGUGAAAAUUUUCUAAACUCUCUAAUAACAUUCCCUAAAGUUUAACAUGGAGGUUAAACUUUCAGUAGAAGAUGAAGAAUUUUUAGCAAAAUGUGAAGAGGAGUUUAAGGAUCGUUAUACUGAUAAGGAUGAGGAAUACAUGAAAGUGUUCAACAAAGGACCUUCUAUACCGCCAAUCUUGGAGAACUACAA